AUGUCUGCCAACGACGUCUUGGACGUUUUAAAUAUCCAGCGAGAUGAGAGUGCUCAGCCUGCCAAGAAGAAACAGAGGGUGGAACAACCAGUGCUUCAAAAGGGUGCCAUGGCGAGAGAGUUGUAUAACCUUUUAGGUCCAAACACUCCACCAGUUAAUAUGAACAUGGGAAUCAGCAGAAUUAAGGACAGAAAGCAGAAGGUCUCGCCGUGGACAAAAAUCGCAUUUCAACCCAACAAAAAGAACCCACAUGCGCCCACAUUCCACCACUGGAAGAAGGGAAGUAAGGAAUUGUUGGAGAAAGUCGCCGACGAGCCGUACUUCUAUGAUAAAUUUGCGGUUUCACUCGAUAUUCCCGAGUUCGUGGAUGAACCAACAUUUGACAACUUAAUGGUGGAGAUCAAGGAGCACGAGGAGGAGUUACAGAAAGAGAGAAGACGUCGAGCCAGAGAGAGACGUGAAAAUGCGAAGAAAGAAGAGGAAAGGAAGAAAGUCGAAGAGGAGUCAAAGAAGAAGGACACGGUGAAGAAGGAAGAUGUGCCAGCCGUGAGAAACGAUGACAAAGCAGACGAAAAAGACUCCUCAAAGUCCGAUACUGAUACUAAGGAAGAAGGCAAGGAUUCCAAAGACGUUGAGGACGUGGACGCGGAGCCUAGCUCGCCCGAAUGGACUUACGAGGAAACAAAGCUUCUCUUCGAGCUAUGUCGGGAUAAUGAGCUAAAAUGGUAUGUAAUUGCUGAUCGAUUUCCUUCUGAGUGUCAACGUACUAUGGAGGACUUGAAAGAACAGUUCUACAGAAUGACAGCCAAAAUCUUAAAGUAUCGUGAAACGGGAAACCCCAGCUUGCUUGAGUCGCUUGAUGCAUUUUCCAAGUUUGCAGAAAACGACAGAAAGAAGUUUCUUGAAAGCCUUCUCAAGAGAACUCCAGCAGAAAUUGCCGAGGAAGAGUCGCUUGUCAUAGAAGCACGUCGUUUCGAGCUUGCAGCAAAGAAAAUGCUUGUGGAGAGAUCGCAUUUGUUGACCUUACUCGAUUCGCCCCAGACUUCUCAGUCGGUGCUGCAGUAUCUUUCCUCCCAGGGCUUGACCAACUUAUACAACAACUUGAUGAUCUUGGACAAGCACCAGCGGAAGAAACUACAACAAAAGGCUGCUGGAGCCAACGAUCCAGUGCCCCCACCAAUUCCUCUGGUGGCUUCUUCGUCAUAUAAGAGAGAUAGAGGUUUCCAGACACACCUCCAGCAGUAUCUCUCAGGGCUUGUUAAACAGCAGGAUAAAGGCGAGCAGACUGCAGUGCAGCAGCUUCUUGCAAAGCGCCUUACGACAAAGGAAGAGGAAGCCUAUGGAUUGUACUACCAUGCUAACGAAAGACUUACGCCUGGUGUAAUUUUACGUUCUACCCAGAAGCUUCCAGGUCUUCAACAAAGACAGUCUGUUUUCAAAUCCGUCAAUACUAUGCUACAAGAGCUUGAUAUUCCUACUGCGGGUGGCACAACUUGGAAGCCGGUUAUGCCCACGCGGAAGACAAUGGCUAAGUACGACGAGUUGAUCAAGGCAGUGGUAGCUUUGUUGGAUGUGAAAAGAGGUAAGGAUAAGCUUGAAGCGGAGAUUGAGCUUAUCAAGGCUCAGCGUGGUUUGCAGUAA